GGUGUAAAAAUUCCGACUUAUAAACGAUGAUACAUCAUUCAAAAAACACAAAUACACGUCUAAAUUGCUAUAUAGUCAAGUCGGAUAAGAAAAAUAAGCCCACAAGAUGCCGCCAAAGGUGAAGAAGGAGAAGAAGGAUGUGAACAAGGUGACCCAGGUGGACAGGACCUUCUAUGAGCUGACCAUCACGGACCUCAAUCAGAAGUUGGCCCGUCUGCGAUCCCACUUGACCAGUGUCGACGAGUCCAACAUAACGUUGACCGAGAAACUCAAGGAAGUCGAAUCCGAUGGCGUGGAUGUGGCGGCCCAUUUGGAACGCACCUUGGCGGAGAGAAACAACUCGAUCACCGAACUGGAGGAGCGUCUGGUGGAGAUCACCAAGGUGCGCGAUGUGGAGAAUCGGUUGGCGCAGGAGAAGAUUGGGGAUCUGGAGGCCAAGUACAAAGCCAUGCAUGACCAGUUGACCUCCGAGAUUAAGCUGCUCAAUGGCAAACUAAAUUCCCUAGACGAAUUUCGCAUCCAAAGGGAUGUUCUGCUGGCCAAGUUCGAUGACCAGGAGGCAGAUUUGAAUGAGCGCGAGAAGGAUCACAAGGAGGCGCUCUACAACAUGGAACAGCGGGCGGUGGUCGAGAAGGACGCGUUGAAGAAGGAGGUGGAACAGAAGCUACUCCAGGUGUCCGAGGAUUUCACCCGCUCCAGUGAGAUCCGCAAUGCCGGCUACACCCGUCGCCUGAUCCGCGAGAAUAUCGCUUUACAGAAGGAGAUCGAUCUGCUGGUCAUGUCGCAGAUCAAACUCCAACAGGCCUACACCAACCAGAAGUCCAAGCACAAGGAGAUGGAGGAGCAGUACAGUGCCCUCGAUCAGAUCAAGAACGAAUUGGUACGCAACUCCGUGAACAAGAUCAAGAUAAUCGAGGGUCUGACCAGGAACUAUGAGAAGCUCAAGGCCAAAUAUGUGGAGGUUUUGCGAUACAGGAAGGCCUAUGAAUCGCAUAUCCAGGCGGAGAAGUGCGAGAAUGUCAAGCAGAAGGAUGUGGCUGCCAAGCUGCGGAAUCUGGCCAAGCGAAUGGAGAUUUUGGAGCUGGAAAAUCGGAACCUCGAAGUGGUGCAUACCCAGCACGAAACGGAGAUUACCCGACUGCGCGGUGUCAUCCAGGAGAUCAAGUGCACGGUGCGGGAUGCCAUUGUGGCGGAGCAGGCGGCCAAGACGUUCCCCGAACGACUGACGGAGGCCAAUGUGGAUGAUCCUGCGGUGAUUAAGGAAGUCCGCGAGGAGGCCAUUUCCGUUUGCAAGUUGAAACGAAGCGAUUUGCUCUCCCAACUCCUGAACAUAGUGAGUUCCCAUUCGGAGGAGCUGCCGCGGACUCCAUCGAUUGCCUCCAUUGGCAGUGCCACCUCCUCGCUUUAUGUACCUGGUAAAAUGGGCUUUAUGCCCUCCCGGCCCAAGGCCACGCCCUUCGACGCCUUCCGCAGCGAGGUCAUCGACCAGGAGCCGGAUCGCACAGUUCCCGAGGAUCUGCAGAAGCAGAAGAUACAGGAUAGGUUGGCCACCACGCUGCGCGGCGAUGAGAACACCAUCAUCGAUGUGGAAUUCGGAACCACUUUGUAUGUGUCGUCGUCGCGCGAAGACGAUCUCAUCGAGGUGGAGGAGGAGCCGCUGGAGGAACCGGAGGGAUCGACCAGCUCCAUGUCCGUGAAGAAGGCGAGCAGCGAGGGAUCCGUCGCACCGCCCGGAACCGCUCCUCUGGCCGUUUCCGCCUCCUCGAAGAACGUCCAAGCUGUGCCCAGCCUGGGAACCAUGGACACCCUGACGGCCACCUCCAAACUGACGGGCAUCACCCAAGAAGGCGAGGGAGAGGAGGAGGGCGAGGAGGAGGACUUUGAUGUGCAGUUUAUCUACUAA